AUGGACAUGAAGACACGUAGCAUGGUGUCCUGGUACCUGAGCUGGUCCAGACCUAAAUACGGUCAGGUUACUUGUUUGCAAGAUUUCUUUGGUGAUGAUGACGUUUUCAUUGCAUGUGGACCUGAGAAAUUCCGUUACGCCCAAGAUGACUUUGUCCUGGACCACAGUGAGUGCCGCAUCCUGAAGUCCUCUUAUUCUCGAUCCUCAGCUGUUAAAUAUUCUGGAUCCAAAAGUCCUGGGCCCUCUCGCCGCAGCAAGUCUCCGGCUUCAGUUAAUGGAACUCCCAGCAGCCAACUCUCUACACCUAAGUCCACGAAAUCCUCCAGCUCUUCUCCAACCAGCCCAGGAAGUUUCAGAGGGUCAAAGACUUCCACGCAUGGCAGAUCUUCUUCCAAUGUGAACGGUGGACUGGAACUUGAUCGCUGCAUGAGUCCUGAAGGUGUGAAUGGGAACAGGUGCUCCGAAUCCUCAACUCUUCUGGAGAAAUACAGAAUUGGGAAAGUCAUUGGAGAUGGCAAUUUUGCAGUUGUCAAAGAGUGCAUGGACCGGUCCACUGGAAAAGAGUUUGCACUGAAGAUUAUAGACAAAGCCAAAUGCUGCGGAAAGGAGCACUUGAUUGAGAAUGAGGUGUCCAUCCUGCGCCGGGUGAAGCACCCCAACAUCAUCAUGCUGGUGGAGGAGAUGGAGACGGCGAGCGAGCUCUUCCUGGUGAUGGAACUGGUCAAGGGCGGAGACCUCUUUGAUGCCAUCACUUCUUCCACCAAGUACACCGAGAGAGACGGCAGCGCCAUGGUGUACAACCUGGCCAGCGCCCUCAGGUACCUGCACGGCCUCAGCAUCGUGCACCGGGACAUCAAGCCGGAGAACCUCCUGGUGUGUGAAUACCCGGAUGGGACCAAGUCGCUGAAGCUGGGCGACUUCGGGCUGGCCACCGUCGUGGAAGGCCCCUUGUACACCGUCUGCGGCACGCCCACCUAUGUGGCCCCCGAAAUCAUCGCUGAAACCGGCUAUGGCCUGAAGGUGGACGUGUGGGCGGCGGGCGUGAUCACGUACAUCCUCCUGUGUGGAUUUCCGCCGUUCCGCAGUGAGAGCAAUCUCCAGGAAGACCUGUUUGAGCAGAUUCUGGCCGGGAAGCUUGAGUUUCCAGCCCCCUACUGGGAUAACAUCACUGACUCUGCCAAGGAGCUGAUCACUCACAUGCUGCAGGUAGACGUGGACGCGCGGUGCACGGCGGGGCAGAUCCUCAGCCACCCCUGGGUGUCAGAUGACGUCUCCCAGGAGAGUAACAUGCAGGCUGAGGUGACAGGUAAACUCAAACAGCACUUUAAUAAUGCGCUCCCCAAACAGAACAGCACCACCACCGGGGUGUCCGUGAUCAUGAACACGGCUCUAGAUAAGGAGGGCCAGAUCUUCUGCAGCAAGCUUGGCCCCGACGGCAGCCGACCCGCCACCGCCACACCCGCGGAACAGAUCUCACCAGCCCCCGCCUGGGCCGAGGAGCCCCCCGCAGCCCUUCGGGGUCCCCCCUCACCUCCUGGUCCUCCUGCAGCCCCCGGCUGCCCAUCGCGGGCAGGGACUUGGCGCCGCCACCGAGACUGACCCGUGCAGAAGGCGCCACGCGGGGAAGGGAAGGCCACGGCGGCAGCUUCUCCCUCCGCUGGCACCGCUCGCUGGGCUCCCUGAGGCCACAUCAGCGUGACGUGUGUCACAGCACCCGUGUCCAGCCGGAGGGCGUGUCUCCGCGUCACCCAGACAACACACAGCUCUUUUCCUGACUGUCACGGCCACGUCCGAUGAUCCAGGCUCCCCGGCCUCACAGUGGACGCGUGUCUGCCUCUGUCCCUUUGUGAACGUCCCCGUGCCAGGUGGCAUGCCACCUUCCCCUGCAGGGGGCCACCAGCGGGGCCUGGGGUCCUGCAGGACACGAGCACCCCAGGGGGUCAGUGGCUCAUGGCCAUGGGUUGCAGACUUUCGAGAGGUGCUUGCAGCGGCUCGGGUGCUGGGCUCACCGACUUUGGCGGGGUAUUUAUUUGUACACGGGCCACAGAGGCCACUGCUUCCCGGGCCGCGUGGGGCAGCCCCAUGCCGC